AUGUUGUGGAUCCAUUUGAUUGCACUGGUUCUGUGUGUGUCUGCGAGACCUACUCCAUACGAACCGAUCACUUUCUCUGAUUCUGAGGUAUGGGGAAUAUUCUAUCCGGAAGAUGUGACAAGGCCGCAACAAACAACCACAGAGACAAACCUAGAAGAUUCUGAUCGUGAAGAGGAUGACACAGGCGAUGAAGGGGAGCCAUCAAGAGGUCCAUGUGGAGGAGCCGCUUUCUUUGAACUCGAAGAAUUCUUCGGACAGGAGGACGAAGAUGACGAAUAUGACAGAGAAUGGUCUUCUGUCUGGAGACCGUCCCGUCAACCAAAACCGAUACGCCAUCCCACGAGACAUCAGAGACCUGGAAGGGGCCGACACCACCGGCCAAGCUUUUUGGAACAGAUGAUGACUGAUGAUGAA